CAUUUCGUGGUUAACACUAGGCUCUUAGGCUACUGCAACUGAUGGGUAAUUUUCCCCGGACAUAAACUAUACCACUUAACUUGUGGGCGAUACAGUGGUAUGGAAGAGUUCGAGGAUAUAUCCCACAUCCACAGAAAGUGCAACCUCUAAAUUCAAGGAUCGCAGCGUCCGGCUGCGCUCGCUCUACCAACAAGCCUCCGGUAUUGCGGAGGUGCGUCUUUCUGGCUGUCAGGUGACAGCUGUGACGGCAGGAAAAGAACUCCCCCGUAGCGGUAUUUCCUGACAUUCUAGGCUAUUGUGGAGCAGUGUAGGCUACGCGCUCUGUGCGCGCUUGCAUGGUUCAUUGAGCUACAACAGUGAACAGAUCUCCGAUUCUUCACGGUGGGGCGGCAUGCCGUGUCGUAGCUGUGGUUAUCUCUGCAGACUUUUCAAAGCCUUGAAGGCGACACAUGUGAAGCUCCGAGAAUAAUCGCUGUUUGAUUUCUCUGCGUGUGCCGACCGCACUGAGCAUACCGUGAACGAAAGAGAAGAGCUACUUGCAUUCACAGCAGUCUUACAGGUUUCCUUCUUGCUGCAAUGAUGGAAUGACUUGUUCGGAUAAAUAACCUGCUGUGAUUUCUUGUUCGUUUAAAUGAUAGCAGAUACGAUGACACUGUUGUCUCUCUUGGGUCGGAUCAUGCGUUAUUUCUUGCUUAGACCAGAGACCUUGUUUCUCUUAUGCAUCAGUUUGGCAUUGUGGAGUUAUUUCUUCCACACGGACGAGGUGAAAACCAUCGUCAAGUCAAGCCGGGAUGCCGUGAAGAUGGUCAAGGGGAAAGUGGCGGAGAUUAUGCAAAAUGAGAAAUUCGGAGGUCUGGACGUCCUGGAUGCGGAGUUCGCCAAAACCUGGGAAUUCAAGAGCAACAAUGUAGCGGUUUACUCCAUACAAGGCCGACGCGACCACAUGGAGGACCGUUUUGAAGUCCUGACCGAUGUUGUGAACAAGAGUCACCCAUCCAUAUUUGGGGUUUUCGAUGGCCAUGGUGGUGAAGCUGCUGCUGAGUAUGUGAAGACUCACCUGCCUGAUGUGUUGCGCCAGCACCUGCAGGCCUACGAGAAGGAGAAGGAGAACAGCGUGCUCAACUACCAGACCAUCCUGGAGAAACAGAUCCUCAGCCUGGACAAGGAGAUGAUCGACAAGCUCUCGGAGAAAUACGACGAAGCGGGUACCACGUGUUUGGUGGCCCUGCUCUCCGAUAAGGAGCUGACUGUGGCCAAUGUUGGGGACUCCAGGGGGGUGCUGUGUGAUAAGGAUGGAAACACCAUCCCUCUGUCCCACGACCACAAGCCCUACCAGUUGAAGGAGCGCAAGAGGAUCAAACAAGCAGGCGGUUUCAUCAGCUUCAAUGGGUCCUGGCGCGUCCAGGGCAUUCUAGCCAUGUCACGCUCAAUGGGCGACUACCCGCUCAAGAACCUCAAUGUCAUCGUCUCCGACCCUGACAUCAUGACCUUUGACCUGGACAAGCUGCAGCCGCAGUUCAUGAUCCUGGCCUCGGACGGCCUGUGGGACGCCUUCAGCAACGAGGAGGCGGUGCGCUUCAUCCUCGAGCGCCUGGACGAGCCGCACUUCGGCGCCAAGAGCAUCGUCCUGCAGGCCUUCUACCGCGGUUGCCCGGACAACAUCACCGUCAUGGUGGUCAAGUUCAAAGGGACCGGCAGCGGGAAACCGGCAGAGCAGUGAUGCGGUUGCCGUAGUGAUCCGAAGGAUGCUGCCAUUGGCAGCCAACACCCAGAUGAAUAUUUAUCCACAAAUGUAUAUGAAAUUCUAAUAUGUAUGCAUAGGUUUAACUAUUCUUUUUUUUUCAAUCAAGAAAUGUGUCUUUUUUUCAAGUAACCCUCAAACAAGACAGCAGUCAGUUAUGAAAUGGAACUAGGUGUCUGUGGUCUCUUAAUCUUGUUGUUUGAACUCACACCUUGGUCAGUCAUGGUCACAUGCUAUUUAAGGAAGAAUUUUCCACAACUGUUCUUGGCAUCUCACAAACUGUCUGCUAGGUGAAUAUGUCAAUAGCUACUUCUGACCAUCAACACUAUAGAUCAUACAGUAGCUCCAGUAUGGGCCAGAGCGGCUGCCGAGUGAGCGCUAGCUAAGACGAGUGGAGUAAGCUUACCUCCUCAGGAACCAUCCAUGUCUGCAGGUGACUGAGGUGAGGGACACUUACUCAACGCACGCAUGCAUGUCUGCUGGUGACUGAGGUGAGGGACACUUACUCAACGCGCACAUCCCAUGCACUGCUCUGUGGAUGAUGGUGACGCUGGAUGAGUGAAUGAGCUGUUCGAUUUGUUGAAUGAUUGAUUGAUUGAUUGAAUGGAUUAAUUAAUUAAUUGAUGGAUGGAUGGAUGAAUGAAUGAAUGAAUGAAUGAAUGAAUGAAACUGCAUAUUUAGAUCCCCAAAGCUGACACCCUACUAGCGUGUAGUGCCCUCCUGGAUGAUACUGCUGCAUUUUACACCAGUGCGCUACUCACCAUAGAUAGGCUGUCAGGCAGUGAAUAUUGCAUGGAUUAAGAAAAACUGACAUGGCCUGCCAUCUCUGCACAGUCUCCCUCUGCCACAUCCUGACAGUGUCAUGGCAGACGGAAGAGGACAUGCAGCAGUAAUGGGAAACUAAUUCUAUAAAUUGCCCAGUAAAUGUACAAUAUUUCAAAUGUGGUUCUCAUCAGUACUACAUGCUACAUUGCCAUGUUGUUUAGUGUAAUUGUUAUUAUUAAUUAAUAUGUAUUAUUGAAUGCAAGUGGCAAAUUGUUUCCUUACUUGUGUAAAAAGAAUGUAAUGAUCAACUUCUUUGGCUGAAAAUCAAAUAGACCAAGUAUGACCAAGUGAAAUGACCUAUUUCAUUGGACUGAAUAACAUAGGGCAUAGGUAGUCUAAUCUAAUCUAAUCUUUACCUUCCUUGUGAAACAUUGAAGAACCUGAAAAUGUUAAGACAUGUAAUUGAGACAGACCGAUGUCUCCCAUUAUCAAAAAGAGCUCAUAUCAUAUUAUAUGUUUGGAAGCAUUGCUCUUUCUGUAUCAAGCUUCAUGAUGUAUUUUCAGGUCACUACAGUAAUUUGAUCAGUUUUUGCUUGACAAGUUAAACUUGUAUUUUUAAGAUAAUAACUUGAUGUGCAUUUAAUGGGGAAUUUAGGAAGUGCCAGACUAUUAUGAAGUUUGAAUGACAUUCAGGUGUUCCAUUUCAUUGUAGAAUUUUUUGAGACUGUCUUUUGGCAGUUUUUAAAAGAAUACUAUAUAAAAUAAAACUGAAAAGGUUAUCGUGCUUGUGUAUACACAUGUAUUUGUAUAUGUAUAUACAUGGCAUACAAAACUAUUAGCGUUUGUAUAUACACUGAAGUUUGAAGUGAUUCGUCUUGGGACAGAGAGUAUCCUGGACUGAAAGCUCGUCUGCGACUUGUUUAUCACAUAUUCCAGGAACACACCAUUAGUCGCCCGUGCUCCAUAGUAUUAACAUAAUUCCCUGGAUUAAGAUAAUGUAACAUAAGAUGACGUAACAAGUAUAUGAUAACACAUUGAAUGGCAUAUGUUCGUAUUGCCUUAUUUCCGACUGUACGUUCCAUCUAACCUAUACAGUGUCUUCUGAGUUCAAAUGUAAUGUGGACAGGGAUAACGAAUACAAGUCCCUCAGUUUGACUUGCCUUUCUUUCAAGCUGAAUUUACAGCCUAGAGGGAUGUAUGAUUUUUUUUUUAAACAUUAAAUUGUUGUUAGAUUUAUGUGCCGUUUGUACCAAGAUGGAGUUCAACAUUAUGCAUCUGUAAGUGCUUAAUAUCUGCAUAUCUAAAAGGAGGUUGUGUGUGUAUGUGUGUGUGUGUGUUUGGGGGAAGCGUGUGUAUCUGUGAUUAUCUUAUUAAGCUUCAUGAUCACAGUGUUUGCCAACUGAAAAACAAACGGCCUUGUUAAUGGUGAUCUAGAAAAUGAGGAUGUUGACAGGCAGCAGUCAGAGUAGUUGAGCGGUUAAAUUUAAGACAUCUUCUUCUCCAAAUCCUGACCUUACUUGCCCUUCAUAACAAAUUGACAUUAUCAGGAGAUAUGUUGCAUUGUUCUUUUUCUUUCCAACAGAAGAGUGCAGCAGGUAUACUUUAUGGGAGCCCUUUUUUGCCAGAAAAAAAGAAUGCAUUGUUACACUUGUGACUCAGUGUGACUCAGUGUGUCAUGAUUGAAACUAUGUGACAAUAUCUCAAUUAUAAGCGCUAACCUCACAAUUAUAAGUAUGUCAAAUUCCCAUUGUGAGACACAUUGCAUCCUUUUAUAACUGGUGAAUUACAGGGAUUAUUCUCUGUAUUGGUAGAACAUACAAACCUGCACUAUUUGAACCCUCCUAAAUCAAAUAUUUCAAGCGACGGGCCUGGCUGGCUGGUGCCAAAAAAAAAUCAUCUCCUGAACACAGGAGUUAGUGAACCGAAUGUAAAUACUAAAUUUCAUUGACAUAAACACAAUUCUUUAAAAAGCAAAACCCUGGCUGUUUAGUUAAACAUUCACUAGGGUUGGUAUGUUUCUAUGUGUCAUUUGUGGAUGUAUAUUCUUCCAAAUUACUUACUGUGUUGCAGAAUGUUUGUGGAGUUCUUUUUUUUAUUUAAAAGAUUUUUAACAGACGUUUCUUUGUGCAAACAGAAAACUCUGUGGAUUUUAAUAUGAUCAUGCUGUAACAAUAAAAACAUUGAUGAUGUGUA